GUGAGGCGUCAGAAGCAGACAAAUUCAAGUUGAUGCCUAGGUAUGUAUGGUGGGAGCUUAGACCUGAGGUAAUGAAGGUAGCGGCCGGCGCAAAUGGUGAGUGGGCAAAGUUUAAAGAGGAGAUGCAGAGACGUUUCAAGUUAGGUGACGGCCUGCUCACCAAAGAAGACCUGGAAAUGUUGAGACGGGACGAGUUCUCCACAGUGGGGGCCUUCGCCACGACGUUUGAGAAAAUGGCAAAGAAAGUCCCAGGGUUGGCAGAAGAGGACCAGUGUGUCACUUUCCUAGGGCACUUCAAGAACUGGGAGGGCUUGUCGCUAACUAAGAAGGCGGCGCCAGGAAAGAAGCUCACUUGGGCUGCCAUAAAGGAAGGCGUAAUGGACGGAGAACUGGACCAGGUAGACAUCUUCCAGAUGAGGCAGGCUAGGAAGAAAAGGAAGGCUUUGGAUGCCACCACGAGUGAUGGACGUGAUUUCAAGAAAAUGAUAGAGGACGCGGUGGCCCAGCUCGACGCAGAGAAGGAGGCAAAAAGGAAAACCAUGGCAGCGCCACAUACCGUACGGAAAGCGAAAAAGGCAGUAGUACAGGAAGAAGAAGAAGAGGAAGAGGAAGAGCAGCCUGAGCCUGAAAAGCUGACUAAGGCUCAGAGGAAAGCAAGGAACUUGGCUCAAGGGGGCCAAGGCUCGGGGAGGGGACAGGUCCCGCAGGCUGUGGCAAUGCCCCCUCCUGAGUCGUCCCAUCAAGCUGCACCAGCACCCUAUGGGCCGUGGCCAGGUUGUGGGCCUCCGAGGUUGAUUAGUACCAAUUACGAUGGCGACAUGUAUAAUAAGUAUGGGUACUACAUCGACCCUAAGACCCCAGGGGGCACAAGGAAAGAGGCCCUACGAAGGGCUGCGGCCGGUCCACCACAAGCUCCGCCAACCAUGUUUAGGAUUUGGCAAGAGAAGGAGGCUGAGCCGGACGUGAGGGUAGAAGAGAUUGGGGAAAAUGAGGAGGUGGAGCAAGUCAGGAAAGCUGGGAUUAUCAGGGAGGAGCCUAUCAUAAUAGACUCAGACGAUGAGAAAAGUCCGGCAGUGGAAGGAGGAUGGUGGAGUGAGGCCCGGAGAACGAUGGAGAAUAUGGAGGAUUUGUUGGGCAAGGUCCGGCGAUACCAAGGAAAGUUGGUAGAGUUGUGCGAGGAAGUUAAGGCGUGGCAAGGGCAAAGGCCACAAGUCUUUCUGUAUGGGUCAGGAUCGCAGGGGGCGCCCGCGAAUAUCCCGAAUGUGUCUAUCACAGGAGGGACUCCCAGAUCAGGGAUAAGUUUUAGGCCGCCAUCACGAUCUGGGAGGGUAGCCCAGGCAGUCAGAACGAGAGCCAAGGGACCAGUGGGGUCAGGGCAGCCUGCCAAGGACGCUCCCGGACCAAGCGGAGAGAAGGAAGUUGUGGAACUCCCUAGGAAUGAAGAUGAGGAAGACGACCGCCUAAGGAACGAAGAGGACGAAAAGGCGGAGCAAAGAGCUAAGAAGAGGGGCAUCGGGACUUACACAGAGAAGGUCACCGAACCAAAGAAGAAGUAUACAGUCAAGGUGGAAGAAGGGUUUGACGUGGAGGACAUUAUGGACCGAAUUGUAGAAGGUCAUAAUCACCUCAUGAACCUGAAGGACGUCUUGGCAUCAACACCAAGACUUAGAGAUGAGCUCAAGGCUCGUCUAAGCAGGAAAAUGGUGGCGAGUGUACACUUAGGGGCCAUAAUCCCUAAGGAGGCUGAGUGGGCGGAAACCGGCACAAAAAUGGACUGGAAGUCCGUGGCGUGCGGGUGUUUUGACGUUGUUAUGAAGGGAAAGUCGUGCACGGCCAUGAUAGAUGCAGGCGCAGAAAUGAACCUUAUUAAGGAGAAAGAUGCAUUGUGCCUGGGAAUGGAGAUAGACUGCUCCGACAAUGGCAUUUUGGUGGGAGCGAAUAGUCGGUCCAUCUUUGUGGGGACCGCGUCCAAAGUAGUACUGGAGAUCGGGAAGGUGAAGGAGGGACCAGCGGAGUGGUGGGGGUCCAACCUCAGGUCGCAACUAAGCCUUUUUAGAGGUGGGUUCAAGCAGGGAUCUCAAAGGCGGUACAAAAAGGUAGAUCAAAAGUGUCGCCCUGUUCCAGUGCUCGUAGCCGAGGAAAAGGAAGUAUACUACGAGCGGGAGAGAGAAUUGAUACGACAGAUGCGGGAGAAUGCUGAGAGUAUGCCAUGUCGUAUCAACCUGGAGACCGAGAAGGCGCUGAUUAUAGGGGAGUCUGGCUUCCUUACAGCGCAGGAAGAGAAGCUUAUGGUGGACACCAUAAGAGGAAGGCACACUGCAUAUGCCUUCAAUGAUGAUGAGAGAGGACGUCUGGACGUGGAUAAAAUCCCCAUGAUUAGGAUACACAUUGUGCCGCAUGAGCCGUGGAAUUUGCGGGGUGCACGAUAUCUUAAUCCAGCUGAUGAGGAAAAGGUAGUCAACUACCUAGAUGGGAAGAUCCGCACGUAUGUAUCAGACUACUCGAGCGGGCCGUAUGCAUCCCCCUGGUUUUGCUUUAUUAAGUCAAAUCGGACGUUGAGGUGGGUACAGGACUUGCAGCGCCUAAAUGCUGUGACUGUUAGAGACGCAGGCGGUCUCCCUAACGCAGACGCGCUUUCAGAGGCAUGCGCAGGGAGGGCCAUUAUAUCUCCGAUAGAUCUAUAUUCUGGUUAUGACCAGUUUCCUGUAUACCCAUCUGACAGGCCAAUGACGACGAUGCAUACCCCUCGAGGGUUGAUCCACAUGAACGUCGCACCACAGGGGUGGACGAAUGAGGUCGUCAUGGUCCAGAGGCACAUGGUGAGGGCGAUGCAGCCAGUAAGCCCUCACAUCACUCAGCCUUACAUUGAUGAUUUGGCCGUGAAAUGGUCGAAGAAGAAGGAUGAGCGGGAGGUCAUGCCGGGAAUCAGACAGUUUGUCUGGGAUCAUGUGCAAGACUUAUGUCAAGUCCUGGACUUGUUAAAGGAGCAUAACCUCACCGCGAGUGGAUCAAAAUCCAAGCAUUGCAUGAGUGGUGCCACUAUCUUAGGAUUUGUGUGCGACGAGAGGGGUCGUCGGCCAGAUACGAAGAAGACGAACAAGAUUUUCGAAUGGCCAACCCCGUUCGAGACGAUUACAGAAGUGAGAAGCUUCCUCGGCACAUGCGGGUUUUGGAGAAUAUUUAUUAAGGGGUUUGCGGCGAAAACAGAGCACCUGCGAAAACUUGUGCGUCAAGGUCGAGAUUGGGAGUGGGGAGAAACGCAGGAGGUAGUGAUAAGGGACCUGAAGAAGGAGUUUGAGGAAGGAGGACUGGUACUGGGGGUACCAGACCAUGCUGCUGUAAUGACCAGGCCCUUUAUCGUAGAAACGGACGCAGGAUCGACUGCCUUAGGAGGGGUUUUGAUUAAGAAGGACCUCAAUGGAGAGGAGCGACCGCUAAGAUUCGAGAGUCGAACGCUUAACACCGCUGAACGAAACUACUCACAGUUCAAGCGCGAGACCUUAGCAAUCCUCCACUGCUUGAGGAUCUUCAGAAACUACCUCUUCGGCAGCAGGUUUGUAUUAAGGGUGGAUCCAACUGCUCUAGCAGGUUCUUUGAAGAAUUAUGCUCCCUCAAAUCCAACCAUUGCCCGAUGGCUGACGUACAUCUGGAUGUUUGAUUUUGAGUUGGAGCGAAUUCUAGGAAACAAGAACCGGGCAGAUGGGCUGAGUCGAGUCGACUGGGACAAGAGCAGUGGAGGAGUGAUUGAGGAUACUCCCCCAGUUGACGGGUUCUUGGACAACGAGGAGGAUGUGAGACUUCACAUCAACUCCUGGUCGCUAUCAGUAGGGAACUACAUUACUCAUGGACGGCCUGUGUGGUUGACACCUCCAGGAUAUGUGCGAUUGCCAGGGUUAGUCCUAAAACCCUAUGUGGAAGAAGACUCGUGGGGAAAGCCGGAUGUGGAAUGGAUGAUGGAAUUGGCCUUGGCGGAUAAGCAUCAACUGGGGGAGGACCUGAUCACUGUGGAGAAUGGGGCCCAGCAAGUGGAAAAACAUGAGAGAUCGGUAGGAGAAGUCUACCUACUGGCCAAUGCCUUACUGCAAGAGGAAGCGGCCAUAAAUGCUGGGCAAGAUCAGGAGAGGAGUGAGAGCGAGGUAUAUGAGAGAGAAGAAGAGGAUUUUGAGGAAGGCGAAAUCAAAGAGGCCUUUCGAGCAGAAGAGUACGAUGGGGUCUACCUAGAGCUCGGAAUGCUUCUUUCAUGUGAAAUGACGGAAAGGGAUGCAAGUGGGCACAGGAGUACGGACACGACGUACCUCAAGAUAGCAGAAUUGUACUUUUGGCAUGGCAUGGGCAAGAUGAUUGACGACUAUUGUAAAUCAUGUGUGCCAUGUCAGGAGCGAUCUUCCCUCAGACCUAGGGAACCGCUUCACCCAAGAUACGUACGCGAGGUCGGAGCAGUCGUACACCUGGACCUACUAGCGAUGCCGCAGGGGAUAGGAGGAUUCAACUUUAUUUUCGAUACGCGCGAUAACUUCUCAGGGUUCGUGGAUGGAAGUGUCAUUCGUACUAGGACUGGUGAGACGUUGGCGCGCUGCAUCGAAAAGUAUUACCUCCGAUAUCCCUUCGUCUCCAGAUUUGUUAUGGAUAGGGGGUCUGAAUUCACCUGUACAGAGGUAAAGGCGCUUCUACUAAGAUAUGGGGUGAUUGCUGAAUACACUACUGCAGCGCAUCCCCAAGCAAAUGCGCCGGUGGAAAGAGGACAUAGUACCAUCUCGAACCUUCUCGCAAAGUGGACUAGUGGGAGGCCGAAUCAGUGGCCAAAUUUUCUGAGGGUCGCGUUCUUCGUGGACAACAUCACAGUCAGGAGGAGCAACGGUUACGCUCCAGCCACAUUAUGGUAUGGGAGACAUGCGACGUUCCCUAUUGAAAGCUUCCUAAAAACUUGGAGGCGGCAGGACCUUGAAACGGAGUUGACGUUUGAGGAACUGCUGGACUUAAGGGCACGUCAGAUUGGCACCAUAGAAGACCAUAUUGAGGGCGCGGCAAAUAGGCUGGCUGGUAAUCGGGCUCAGGACAAGUACAGGUGGGAUCAGAUGGCCAGGGUAAGGAAGGAACCUCUCAAGGUGGGUGACACUGUGUUGUUAUAUGAUUCAUCCCUGGAGAAGCAGUGGUCACGAAAGUUGGACAAGCGGUGGUUGGGACCCUACAAGAUCGCAAGAGUUAGAGAGUAUGGCGCAUACCAGAUUGAAGAGUUGAAUGAGACCGCUUGGAGGGACUGGGUGUCUGGCUCGAGGUUGAAGAUGUUUGUCGCUCGAGAUGAGGAGGCCUGGACAGAGUUUGAGAGGAAGAUGGAAGGGAUACAUCCAUCACCUGUGGGAAGAGAUGGAGUGCCGAUCCGGUUCGAUGGGACGAACCUGGAGGAGUUCCUGUGGGCGUACGACCGAUUUGCAGACGAGCAGAACGUUGAGCCUAAGUCGAGAGUGAGGGGGUUCCUCCAGUUUGUGAGGAGGCAUAUCAGGUUGUUCGUCAGGAGUGUGGUGGAAAGAGCAUUACACUGGGGAGAUUGCAAGCGGUAUACUGCAGCACGCCAGGCAGAGGAAAGGAAGAGCAUGGAGAAGAAAAGGAAGGAGCCUGAGGCUGAGGGCAAGAGGAACUUUGAGAGGGGUGCAUCGUCCAGGUCUCAGGAGGGUGAGAAGAGGAGAGAGCACGCUUCCCACAAGGCAGAGAGGAAGGAGGAACAGCCAUCUGAGAGGGCACAAAGGAGGAGAUGGUCAGAGGUGCCAGAGGCUCCUCCCCAGCCAGUUCAGAGGCAGGGGGAUCAGCCCAUAGCAGAGGCAGGGCCAGAGGGACGUGGGUCGCCAAGGCAAGAGGUGGAUGAGGAUCAGGCUGCCAGAGAAAAGGAAUUGGAGAGACAUGAAAGAGCCGCCAGAGACCGAGAGAUUGGCGCAGAGAUCAGGAGGAAGAACCUCGAGAAACUGUACAAGAGGAUGGAACAAGAAGAGCGGUCAGUGGUUGUGAAGGACAAGAAGGGAAAGAGAGAUGGGGGUGAAGUUGGUCUACGCGGACUUGCCCUGAGAGGGACGAUGAAGGAAGGAUUUGCAGCAGCUCGGGCGUCAGAUCAGAGGGUUGGAGAAAGGUUGACCAAGGUGGCACAAAAGGCCUAUGGUCAGAGGGUGGAAUGUGAACAGGAGAUUAGGGAGCUGAAGGCGAACCAGGAGAGGCAAGAGCGCAAAUUGAACGCGCUGAAGAUGGAGCUAGAGAAGGCCUGGGCAGGCAAUGAGACGAUCAGGCAGGUGAACCAGACCCUCAACAAAGUUAACGAGGCUCAGAGGGCAUACCAACAGGCUCAACAGAUUUUCUUCCAGACAAAGGACAGAGAGUGGGAAAAGAGGAUCAAGGAGUUGGAAACAAAGCUCGAGCAGAGAGCACCCACGACCUUGGUGGAUUGGACUGAAGUCCAAGGGUUUGAGAUGAAGAGGCCACAUGCAGAAGAAGCCUUCAGAAGUCAGAAGGCAAAAGAAAAGGCCGACCUUCAGGAAGGAGAAGAUAUACCCUUGUGGGGCAAGGAGAUGCUGCAGCCUGAAACAGUGCACACUGAGGAGGGGGCAAGCGGCGAAGAGUCUGAUUGGCCAAUACCUUUUAUUGUGGCGCACCAACAGGCCUGUGAGGGACUUGGCGGAGCACAGCAGGCGAAGACAGUGAGGGAUGAGAGCAUGUUGCCUAUCGCCCAGGAGGUUAUCGAGGGACAGUUGGUUCAGAGAAAUGAGGGAGUAUUGCCUACUAUCCAGGUGGUGGCCGAGGGGCAGAUGGUCCAGGGAGUUGAGGAAGAGACUGCGCAGGGAGCAGGCCAGGAGAUCUGCCAGGAGUCCGCUACACCUCCAAGCAUGCCUUUGGUGGUUGGAUUGGAGGAGGCUUUGGGCUCAUGGGCCACUGGGUCUGGGUCAGAGACACGUGUGGGUGGUCCAGCCAUGCAGGAGGGAGACAGAGCCGCCUGCCCCAUUCCAGCAGAGAUACCUCAGCAGGAGGUCACUAGCGAGGUCACGGCAGUCCCUUCAUCAGCGCCCUCGCAGGAAGAGGAGAGAGGGACGCAGAAGAAGAUUGGCAAAUGCUUCUACUGCACGAGGGGUAAACAUCGGGCCAAUGAUUGUCUCAAGAGUCUCAAGGACGAGGCCGAUGGUUUGGUUACUGAGGACUCCCCGGGAGUAUGGAGGGAUAGAAAUGGAGUCCGAGUCCCUAGGGCUCGUGAUGGGGUGAGAGCGCAGUUGUAUAGGCAGCUGCAGAUGGACUUGAGUGAUCAGGAGUAGGAUUCAGUUAAUAGGUCCGGAAAGGUCUAACUUGGGUAUGUGUAAGACAUCUU